CACAACUGUAGUCAUUGCUAUUCUGGCACACUGCCGAUGGGUAAUUGGUCAGGGGUAAUUCAGCCUGCUAGAGGGGGUAUGUAAGAGGACCCUUGAGGGCCCCCGACAGACUGUCUGACACGGAGCCCGAGCCAAUGAGGAUGUUUUCGGAGGAAGGGUCUCUAUGUAUGGAAAUAAAAACUGCUUUGUUUUCCUGCACAUAGCGACAGUAUCCACUAAGGUCAGCUACAAUUUCCAUAUCAGUGAUUUUAUUUACAGAAGGAUAGUAAUUUGGAGAGCAGGGUUAACGAGUCCAGGACUGGCACUGAAGGAGAUGAUGAUUAUUGUGAUGUAUCUGUGUGUGUGUGUUCCUCCCACUUUAUUAUUAUUUUUUAUCCUAAGCAGACUAAACACUCACACAAACACUUUAAUAACCUUAACAAGGACAAGUUAAACUUGUUUACGCAUGUUUAUUAGCUAAUAAAUUUAUCAGUUACCAACCACAACCUUCUUCACCCUCCAUUGUGCCAAUAUCAAAUGCCCUUCUUUCGCCCCCCUCUCUUGUAUCUUUGAGCUCAUUGGCUGUCAUGAAAAGUCCAAGUGUAUUUUUAGCAUGCUAUCCUUUCAUAGGGGUGGACACAGGGAGAAAAUAGAUAUAUACAGACCCCUUGCAAUAGAAAUCAAAACAUUAUAUAAAUCUGCUACUAUCAACACCACUGGAAGUGACAGAAGGUAUGAGUUUCACAAUUGCGAAAGCUCAAACUGAUCAACAACCAAUCACGACAGAAAACGGCAACCGAGGCCACCAACCAGAAGAAACUGUCACAGAUUCAAACAGUGACACGCAUAAACAAAACUUUGAUUUGAAAGUCGAAAAUGGUGUGGUCAACUACAAACUUCAGAAUGUAUCUGAAAUCCAGCAGACCAGCAUGAAGGAUGAGAACAGCACUGAAGUCUGUUUGACUAUUAAGAGCCACCGAGGAGGUUCACCUUCAGUGGAGCAAAAUAACCCAAAGCCAUUAUCCAUUGUACCGAUACAAGAAAAUGUGGUUUCACAUAAGGUAUUGUUAGAGAACUAUGAAGGGAAGUUAUGUGAGGAACAACGGCCGAGUACAAAGCGCCAACUGUCCGCUGAGAGCGCGGCGAAGUCAGUGAGUGUAAGAAAGAGGAGCACUGUGAAAAAGAGCCAAGAGGAGAUUGUGAAACCCCUCUCAGUUGCCAGCCCUGGCACGCAGUCUGGGAGACCUUAUCUACCUGCAGUCUCCACCUCUCAGAGGAAACCCAGAAAAUUGCUGUUCUCCAGCACAGAUAUUUUCAGCAAGGUAGACACAUUCUCAAUCCAGAAAGGAAGAGAGUUGAGGGAGCAGGAAGUAUUUGAUGCUCAGAAGAUUGCUCGUGCAGUCACUGAGGGGGGCAGAAAUGAUCUGGAAAAACUCAGGGCCAUAUGGAUCUGGCUAUGCCAAAAUAUUGAGUAUGAUUUGGAGGGAUACCUUGGUCUUUCUCAGAAGAUUUGCUCUUCUGAUGAGGUCAUCAGGACAGGAAAAGGUGUAUGUAGUGGAUACUCAGGCCUCUGUGUGGAAAUGUGCAGGGAGGUGGGCAUUGAGUGUGUGGAGGUGAGCGGGUACAGCAAAGGCGUUGGAUACCAGGCCGGGCACAGUUUAGCUGAGAAGCGUUCCGAUCAUGAGUGGAAUGCUGUCUUCGUGGGGGGUCAGUGGUGGCUGCUUGACGCUUGCUGGGGCGCUGGCACUGUGGAUAUGAAAAGCAAAACAUUUGUGAAGAGGUAUGAGGACUUUUAUUUCCUGACUGAACCUAGCGAGUUCAUAAACUCACAUUUCCCUGAUGACCAGACCUGGCAACUACUUACCACUCCCAUCUCCAUGGAAGAGUUUGAAACGAGACCCUUGAAGACCUCAGCAUUUUAUCAGUUUGGAUUGACCCUGACUCAACCCAAACAGUACAAAAUCAUCACAGAUGACGGGGAAGCAUUUGUGUCCGUGAGCUCCUCUAGACCGUUGACCUUUUCGUAUGAGAUGAGGCAGCGGGAACCCCAGACAGGAGCUCUAAAGCAGGAGGAGGUUGACAGCUCCUGUGGUCUCCUGUCAGUGACUCGUCAAGGGAUGAAGUUGCGAUUACUGCCCCAAGAGCCUGGGGCCUACGAGGUGAAACUGUUCGCCCGGCGAGAGGGUGAAACUGGUGCUCUGCGGUGGAUUUGCUCUCUUGAACUGCAGUGCCCGAGUAUCCAGAAGAGACAGGCCCUGCCUGAUAACCCUUACCUGAACUGGGGCCUAGCGGCAGGGGCAUCGGGACUAGGUGUCAAGGGUUGCAACUUCGCAGGAGAAGAAGCCGUAGAGGUGGAUGAAGGUGGCGAGUGCAAGGUGAUCCUAAACACAUCACGACCUCUGAUGAUGGUGUGCGAGCUCACGCACCACGAGCUCGAAGCCACCACAGCCAAGCGCUGCCUUGCGUCACAGAUCACAGCAGAGCAGCUGGUGUGUAACGUCAUGUGCCCAUACAAAGGAUUUUACCGGCUGUCUAUAUUCGUGCAGGAUUACGACAGCGAAAGUGGGACUUUUCAAAACACUGGGAACUACCUGCUGCACUGUCAAAGCCCAGGGUUGAACCCAAACACUCUGUAUCCUCCAGAUUUAGGACUGUGGUGUGGUCCCGGGGUGCGUACCCAAGAAGCUGGACUGUCCCAUUUCAGCCACACAGGGGCGAUAGUAAACGCACCCCAGGGCCGGUGCAACAUUACCUUCCACUGCACUUCACCAGAGCUGCAAAUACACGCAGCGCUCUGCGCUGACAUGCCUGAGCAAGCUCAUUUUCCUCUGUCCCGAUAUGUACUCUUGACAUUUACUGAUACUAAGGUAACUGUGAGUGUGUGCGCACCCAGAGCGGGAGUCUAUCGUCUUGGUAUUUAUGGACGCAAACCCCCUCAGCAGGACUACAUGUCACUGUGUGACUUUAUAAUCAGGAGUGUGUGUGAAAAGCCCGGAGAUCCGUUUCCAUGUGUGUAUUCAUCAUGGGGAAGAGGGUGUGUGCUGCUGGAGCCCCGCACAGGUGUGCUGGCUCCACAAAGUUCAGUGAGUUUUCGCGUGCGGGUACCAGGUGCGCAAAGAGUGUGUGUGGUGGGAGAGAAACGAACGGAUCUGAAGAUGAAUAAGAGCAGAGUUUGGGAAGGUGAGGCUGUCACUGGAAAUGCCACACAACUCAAGCUCGGUGCUGUCACUAAAGAAAGCAAUGACAUGCAUGUUCUCAUGACCUUUGAUGUCCUUAACCUGAAGAAUGAACUGUGAACAGAACAGACUGUUGUCUAGAGGACAAAAGGGCUACGGUUUUUGAUGAUAGGUGUGAACCUGGAAGAUCCUUCAUAUUUAGAAAUAAAUCUGUUGUUUACCAAAACUGAAAAGAAAAAGAAAAAUGGUAAAAAUAUGAAAACAUUUACAACAAAAUAAAUGAACAUGAGAAGAAAAACUUUGUAAAAUAAGGAGUACAAAUCGUUUCUUUUAUUUUUUUGUUAAAUUUAAUAAGUUUAAUGCCCGAAAGAAGAAAACAACUUUGUUAUUGAAAUAUGAAGAAUAAACUUACAGUAAUUCAAUGCAUGAAUAAAAAAAUAUAAUGAGCAUCUAUAGUUUACUUUAUGAAAUUUUAGAGCACUUUAGAGCAGUUUAUGAUCGACAUUUAAAAGAUCUUACAAAAAAAAUUAUUUUUUAUCACAGGAAUAACUUACAUUUAAAAAACAUUUUUUUUCAAUAAUAUUAAUGUUUAUAUUAAUAUUCACAAUAUUAAUGUUUUUACUGUAUUUUUUGAUCAGAUGCACCCAUGGUGAGCAUAAGAGACUUUUACACAUUAUCUUGUGUUUUGGCCAAAAACACAUGCAUCAUGUUUGAUCAGAAGUGAAAUUGGGCAGUUUGUCUUGUGGUGCAAGCGUAGCCUAAAAGAGGAGGAAAGAACAUUACAAAAACAUGUCAGAUCUCCAGGUCAAAGUGUGAUAAUGUCUACACAUAUUUUCGAAAUAAGCUGUUUCUUAAUGACAUUUAUGUCACUGUGUGUGUGUGUGUGUGUGUGUGUGUGUGAACGUUAUAUUUGCAUGGUGACACAAAGAGUCUAUAUCCUCAACUGCUCUCAGGCUCUGCAAGUAUCAGGGACAUAAAGUGACUACCAGAUAAAAGGGCUCUCCGGCCUCAGUGUGUAUCAGUAUCACUAUUACUGUCCAUCCUGUACAUCAGUCCCUGGCAGUGAUCAAAAGACAGAGAUGACCAAACAACUGCCACAUUCAAUGGAGCCAAAACAUGGUGCUGCAUAAUGCUAGCAAUACCAAGGUCAUGGGUUUGAUUCCCAGGGAAUGAAUGCAUUAGCUUGAAUGCAAUGUACCGUAAGUCACUUUGGAUAAAACUAUCUGCCAAAUGCAUAGAUGUAAAUGUUAAAUUUUCAACUGCAAUUCAUAUAAGAUUUAAAUUGUUGUAUAAAUGUAAUACAUAAAAAUGCUUAAUGCUGGAAAACGAGGAGCCAUGGGAGACAAAAAGUCCUUAGUAAGGUUUACAUGAUGUAGUCAUAACAGUGCAUCAGAAAUGAAACCUUGAACUCGUCCCACUGGCCAGUGAAAAACAAUGGCUGCUAUGUGUGCAAAGGGUGGGUACCGUCUCCAGGGAGAGAUGAAGGGAGCCUGAUGCAAGUUGAAAGAAAUGUGGGUAUUGUAUCUGCAAGAGGGUGAGCGCAUUGUUUUUAGACCCACUCUGGAGCUGAGCACAGGUUGUAUAAACAGCCGAGGAUAGGCUGGGACACGUGUGCAGGUCCUUGGGGUGCGUUACAGUAGUCUCUCGGGGGAUCGAAUACACGUAUUUUGGAAGGUGGGCUGGGCAGGGAACCAAAAUAAAGGCCAGGAAAAGGAUGUGUGUGGUAGGCUUCAAUUUGACACACAAAACAGUGCUCGAUUACAUAUUACAGAUACACAUACUAAAUUAUAAAUAGCUUCUGUUGUUGCGGGCCCCUGAGAUUAGUGUUUAAGCUGGGCUUGGCAUCCUAAAAGAUGUUAUCACCAUGUGACAAAUCCACUGCUGAGUUGAUAACCUUACACACACAAACACACUUCUCUUUCAGGCUGUUUUUGUCAGAAGAUGUUGUUUGCCUGCAUUGU